GCUCAGUUGCUCACGCGUCCAGCGCUGCUCCUAUAGCUGCCCCCGGCUCCUGUUCUGGUCCUCGCCGCAGCCAUGUCUAAGGAGACGCGGGCCGGGCAGGAGGAGAUCAUGGAGUGCCAGGUGAUGUGGGAGCCUGACAGCAAGAAGCGCACGCAGAUGGACCGCUUCCGGGCGGCUGUGGGAGCCGCCUGCGGCCGGGCGCUGGAGAAUUAUGAUGACUUGUACUAUUGGUCAGUUGAGUCAUACUCAGACUUCUGGGCAGAGUUCUGGAAAUUCAGUGGAAUUGUCUUCUCACGGAUGUAUGAUGAGGUAAGGAGAGAUUUUCCUUGUGCAUUGUCUUUUGGGGGGCUGUGUUUCAAGGUGAAAUGUUAAUUUGGGGGAAUAUUGAAUCAUAAUCUGCUUUUACAACUUCAUGUUGAUGGGAAAAAGUCAUUGUCUUAGAGAACUGGCAUUACCCUGUCAUGGACCCCAUGGAGACCUUGGAAUCUGUGAAUUCUCUGUUGCAUGUAGAUCUUAGGCCCUGUUUUAGGAACUUGAGAGUUCCUAAGUAGUAGGCUCCUCAAUAGUAGAUUUUUUUUAAUGUUUUAUAAUGGUAAAAUACACAUAACAUAAAUCUUACCAUCUUAAUCAUUUUGAAGAGUAUAGUUCAGCGUUCAGAGGUAUUAAGUACAAUUAUAUUUUCUUUUUUUUUUUGAGACAG